AGAAACACCCUCGCAUAUAUUAUUAAACACAAUUAUACAACGAAGUUGACUAAUGAAACUCUUUAAUUUAAAUAAUAAAGCUUUGUUAUUCAAGUUGAAAUUUUCAAUUCUAAUUUCCAAGCAACCAGACAUUGUUUUCAUCAUCACACUGCUAUUUUUCAAAUUCUUUUCUUUCACAACCUUAGAAGCCAUCUGGUUUUAUAUUUUCCUUUUUUUUCGUUUCUUCUUUAUAUUUUCUUUCUUUGAUUACAUAAGAAAGACUUUUAAACAUUAUAUUAUUAUGUAAUAGGUGUAUUGUUUUUCUGUUUAAUUGGAUUAACUCCAAAUACCAAAUUAGUCUUCAAAUUUUGUAACUUCUGUUUUCAGACAUGUCCUCCAUCUUAAGCAAAAACAACUGUGAAAACAGUGCACCUUCUUUCCGUGAAUUCAAAAAACAAGCUUCUUUCUUCUUCAAAGAGAAGAUCAAGACUGCCAGAUUGGCCCUCACAGAUGUUACACCAGCAGAGUUAUUAACUGAAGAAGCCACCAAUGGGAAUCCAUGGGCUCCUGACACCCGGACCUUAUCUUCAAUCUCAAGAUCUGCUUUUGAGAUAGAUGAUUACACCAGAAUUGUUGAGAUUUUGCACAAAAGAUUUCUGAAAUUCGAAAAGAAAAAUUGGAGGGUCUGUUACAACUCUCUGAUUGUUCUUGAGCACUUGUUGACUCAUGGACCAGAGAGUGUUGGAGAUGAAUUUCAAGGCGAAAAGGAUGUCAUUGAAGAGAUUGAGAGCUUUCAGUACAUAGACGAAAAAGGGUUCAACUGGGGUCUUGCAGCAAGAAAAAAAUCAGAGAGAGUAUUGAAGCUACUUGAAAAGGGUCCUCUUCUUCAAGAAGAAAGACAUAAAGCUCGGAAGCUAAGUAGAGGGAUUCAGGGGUUUGGAAGCUUCACACAAAGGUCGUCUUCCUCACAAAAGAUUCUGAGACAAACAUCAGUUGAAACUUAUGGAAGGUGUAACUCUCAGUUCAUCAGCCAUGAAAAUCAGGAGAACGUGACCCCUUAUACUAAAGAUGAAGCUUUUAUAAUCAAGAAUGAAAGACCAAAUUUGAGCAAGAAAACAGAGAGUUUGAGUAGUGUGAAGGCUGCUGAAAUGAGUGUCAAGGAAAACUUGGCUCCUCCUGAGGAGGAUGACUUUCAUGGAUGGGACCGAGUUGGAGAGGCUAACCCGCUUUUGAAUGGUGAGACUGAUGAGUCAAGAGUUGGAACUUCAAUAGAAGAAGAUCACCCCUUUAGUGCCGCUGAUAAGAAAAGUAGUGCUUCGCUACUUUGAAUAUUUAUUUAUUUGUUUUGGGGGUGUAAAUUUAUCUCUGGAUUUCAUAUAUCACUUAGUAAAUGUAAUUUUAUAAGAGAUUGUUGGUUGUUUCUUAUAAAUUGAUGUAUCCAGUUAGAAAUUUCACCAUAUAUCCCUCUGAAGUUAAGACAUCAAUAUUUGUGCAUCAUAUAUUUCAGAAAACACAUGCACUAUUUAGUUAAUAAUUAACUAAAAUUAGUGAUGAGAAUGUAUAUGAAUGGCCCUUCUCGGAUUGGGUUUUUCCAGUA